AUGGAGGUGAAUGCCCUACGGCAGCGAAGAAGACGUCAACUAGAGACCGGUGAGGAACGAGACGCUAGAUUGCAAUCGAACGCUCAAACUCAACAAAGAAGACGCGCAUCUGACAGUGCAGAGGAGAGAGCGUCUAGAUCGCAAGUGGAGGCUGAGCGCCUCCAACGAAGACGCGAAGUAGAAAGCAGCGGAGCGCGAGCAGCUCGACUUCAGAGAGGACGCUGA